AUGUCCUGUGCAACAGCAAAAAUAGGAAAAACCGUUCUCGCGAAGACGGACCAGUGGGAGUGCGUCGAGGGAAACGUCUACUUCCCGCGUUCUUCACUCCAAGACUCCACGGGGGCUUUCAGUUUGGUGAAGUGUGAUGCUUCAACGCAUUGUCCCUGGAAGGGGAAAGCGUCAUACUAUGAUAUUGUCAUCGCGGAGACCGAAACAGUCAUUUCGGAAGCGGCAUGGUAUUACGAAGAGCCGUACAAGGCCGCGCAGAAUAUCAAGGACUACAUUGCGUUUUAUAAGAACAAGGUCGAUGUUGUUGUUGUUGUUGAAUGA